UUUUUUUUUUGCAAUAGCCAUUCAACAAUUACAAUUGCAUCAAGAACAUCUCCCAGAUGUUGUUACAUUCAGAGGCUUUUUCCAAAUUGACCCAUACAUUGUGUAUCAAUGAGUUUGUCACGAAAUGUGUGACACCGUAGAAAACAUUGAAUGUCUUCUAUGUCUUUUAAAGACCUUAAACAUUGAUUGGGGUCAAAUUGACCCCGUGAUAACAGGAGGGUUAAAUGAGGAUUAGAAAUAUAUUGAGCAUAACAUAAUAUUGCAUGGAAAUAUAUAUGUGCUAUGGAAAUAUGGAAAAUGUAUGCUGUAUCAUCUAUCUGAUAUGAUCAUAGUCUCCAGCAGAUGGCGAUUUUCACACAUCAUUUCCGUGAAAAGUGGGCGGAGGAGGCGAAUUUGCGUUUCCUACGAUGGCGAAGGCAUGUCCCGCCCUACUCUGCGUUACACUGCCUCUAAUUGGCUACGAAGGCAACGUACUAGCUAAUCAGAAGCAGAUUAGGGCGGGUCAUGCCUUCUCUAUCCUAGGGAAAGCUAAUUUGCGUGGAGGAUACCUGAGUUCUCCGGAAGUUACCUUCAAAUAAAUGAAGUAGUAAAAGAAAAAACAACUUUGUACAAAUCUUCACUCUCUGUGUCUCUGCUGAAAAUCCACGUCCUGCCAUGCGACACUUAAUGUAUUCACUCUCCGCACAAAAAAUGUACCUGUAUAUCCUUGGACUGGUGGCUCCCUGGUUCGCCUAUCGCUGGUACAAGAACAGCAGAAGAGUGCCCAACAAGGAAGAUAAAUAUGUCUACAUUACUGGCUGUGACAGUGGGUUUGGCAAUCUCCUCGCGAGACAUCUGGACAAGCUGGGCUUCAAUGUAAUUGCAUGCUGUUACACUGAGAAGGGUGAGGAUGAGCUGAAGGAGAACGCCUCCGACAGACUGACAACCUUUCACCUGGAUGUCACUGACUCCAAGAGUGUCAGCGAAACGGCAGCUCUCAUCAAGACUGUGGUUGGACAGAAGGGCCUGUGGGCCGUGGUGAACAAUGCUGGAGUCGCUCUGCCUUCUGGUCCCACUGACUGGCUCACUAUAGACGACUACAAGGACAUGAUAGCUGUCAAUCUGUGCGGUGUAAUCGACGUAACACUGAGCGUCCUCCCUCUCAUCAAGAAGGCCAGAGGCAGAGUGGUGAACGUCGCCAGUGUGUUUGGGCGAGUCACCCCGUUCGGCGGACCGUACUGCGUGUCCAAGUACGGAGUGGAGUCCUUCAACGACAGUCUGCGUUUAAACAUGGCACCAUUUGGUAUCAAGGUUGCGUGCAUUGAGCCAGGCUUCUUCAAAACUAAUGUGACUGACGUAGUGGGAAUGCAAAAUAACCUGAGGAAGCUCUGGGACAGAUUACCUCAGGACGUGAAGGACGACUAUGGACCUGCUUUUUUAAAUGACUCUAUUGAAAUGAUGACUCAACGGUUCAGCAUGUUGACGGACAGCAACCUGAUGAAGGUGGUCAGCUGCAUGGAGCACGCCAUCUCUGCCGUUCAUCCUCGUACACGCUACUCUGCCGGAUGGGACGCUAAGUUCUUCUGGUUGCCUGUGUCGUACAUGCCAACCUGCAUCUCCGAUAGGCUUUUCCGUAAAAUAACCCUACUGUAAAACCAAAAGUCUGUGCACGGUAGUUUCUGUCAAAUCAGUUGUUUGAGAGAAAGAAAUAGUGCUAAUUUGAAGUUCAUGUAGGUCUUUUUUUUUACUGCAAUAACUGUUUGUAUGUGCCAUUGAUGGCAACAUUUUCUGUAUUAUAAAACGUGUUUGGCUCUUUA